CGGUGGCUCCUAUCUUGCUUCUUUCGCUGCAUCGGUGGCUUUGUGCGGAGCCACGCAAGGUUGUCAAAAGAGCACUUGGCCACUUACCAAUGCACCGACUUGAAGCCGGUGUAGAUUAAUGAACGAAUGUUUUAUGAAGGAGGGAAAGACAAAAGGGGAAGGAAGGCAAUCGCGAAGAAGACGAAGAGGCGGCGAUCAUCGUAGUAGGGGCUGGGUUUAGCUCUCGGUUGUCCAGCUCUAACUUCCGCUCCCUCUCCCAUCUCCACUCUCCCUCCCUCGGCCGUGUCUGGAGGAUUCCUUACUUCUGGCUUCUCCCAGGAUUCAUCCACAUGGACGGCGUCGGAGGAGCGGCGGUGUUUUUCUUUUGCGGACCAGGAGGAGCCCAUGUGAUGCGGGCCUGCCGAUGCUUGUUCAUUCUUCUCCUCUUUCUUCACGGCGGCCUUGUGACAGUUGAGGCGUUUACUGGAACCUAUGGAAUAAACUAUGGCAGAAUUGCUGAUAACAUUCCUCCACCUGCAACUGUUGUGGCAUAUUUGAAAGAAGCAAAGAUAAAGAAUGCUAGAAUCUAUGAUGCAGAUCACAGUGUUCUGGAGGCAUUUAAAGGAUCCGGGCUUGAACUGGUGGUGGGAAUUCCCAAUGAAUAUCUUAAAAAUAUGAGUACGAAUGAAGACCAAGCUGUCAACUGGAUUAAGGAAAACGUGCAGGCAUAUUUGCCUGAUACACAUAUCAGAGGGAUCGCUGUAGGGAAUGAAGUGCUGGGAGGAUCAGAUCAGGAGCUGGCAGAAGCUCUUUAUGGUGCUAUUAGAAACGUAUAUAAUGCUCUGAGUAAGCUUCAACUGACAGAUGUCAUCGAAGUCUUGACUCCACACUCUCAGGCUGUGUUUGAUAAUUCCUAUCCUCCAUCAUCAUGUACUUUCAAGGAGAACGUUCUCCAAUACAUGAAACCAAUCUUGGAUUUAUUCUCAAAGGCUGGAUCUCCCUUCUUUAUCAACACAUAUCCAUUUUUGUCUUACCAAAGUGACCCCAAGAAUAUAGAUAUUAAUUAUGCUCUUUUCCUGCCAAAUCGUGGAGUGUAUGAUGCAAAGGCUGGUUUGCACUAUGACAAUAUGUUUGAUGCUCAGAUAGAUGCAGCAUACGCUGCUUUGGAAGCAGCUGGGUAUGAGGAGAUGGAAAUCCGAGUUUCUGAGACAGGUUGGGCUUCGAAAGGGGAUGAAGAUGAAACAGGAGCUACCGCUCAGAAUGCAAGAACUUAUAAUUAUAAUUUGCUCAAGAGGCUAGCCAAGAAGAGAGGGACUCCACGCAGACCAAAGAUGGUGGUAAAAGCAUAUGUUUUUGCAUUGUUUAAUGAGGAUUUGAAGCCUGGGCCUGGUUCUGAGAGGCAUUAUGGACUUCUCAAGGCUGAUGGGAGCAUAGCAUAUGAUAUUGGAUUUUCUGGUUUGACACCUUCACAUGCAUCCUCAUCUCUCUUAUCUCUCGAGGUUCUAGUGCUCAGAUGCUUUGUCCAAAAGUUUCGCACGAUCGUGGGCCGAAGAUUUGAAAGGGGCACGACUCUCUUUGCUAGGUGCUGCAUAGCUUAUUUUUGUUGUAAAUUUAAAGGAUGGCUCUCCCAAUGGAUGUGAGCGAAAUAUUUCUAUGGGCAGCCCACCACUGAGAUUGUUCAUAGAAAUGAGCACCUGUUCACAGGCGGUGAAAGCUAUUUAUAAACUAAAAUAAUCGUUAGGAAAGUUUGAUAGGAUUAGCCCAUCCUGGUGCAGUGACUGAAUUUAUGGCUCUCACCAUUUCUAUUCUUGUUCAAGCUUUUGGAAGACAGGUUUAAUGCAAUGAGAAUUUUCGUUUGGAUAACACUGCAGCAUUGGGAGAGCUUCUUGAUGUUCUGUUCGGGUACUGGGGCGUGUAAUCUUUGCCAGGUGCUAGUUUCGGAUGUUGAGCACUUUUAACUCUGCUGUAUAUUUAUCUUACAAUUUUGGGGCCCUAUGCUACAAUUUUUAGAGGCAUCAUAAGUCAAUUUUUGUCUUGAGCUGUGUUGGGAUAUACCGAUCAGUUCUUUUCACGCUGACUCACUGUCAGAUCCGUCUAAUCGGCGUUCGACUCUACCGACCGCACUGAACGAUGACUGCCGACACUGUCUGUUCGAAUAUAUAUCGGUCGGGCAGAUCCUUUUCGUCUCCGACUGACCGAACGAUAGUGUCUUCUUCGACUCUUGCAACACGCCAGACCAACCAUCGGAGGGUCUCUGAAUCUUUAUCCGACACCCAACAAUCAAAUAUCGAUGUAUGGUCGGUCGGCUUUCUCAAACGUCGUACGGUUACUGAGGACCGCCGUCCUGACAAAGGCAUGCGGCAUAGCCGCCCUGGGACAUUGUCCUGUCAAGGACAUAGAUUAAUUCCAGCGAUGUGACAAACUUACGGCGACUUGAUAGUCCGCGGCGAUUUUGACAGUCUCCGGCGAUUUGACAACUCCUUCCAUUGUCUGCGCCAUCAAUGAUGGUGCUAUGCCGCGUUCUACUAUAAAAUGGAGAAGACAACAAUGCUGGAGGAGGUUCUUUCGAAAUUCUUGGACUUACUCUCUCUCUAUCGCUGAGCUCCUUGAUUCUUUUCUAUUGUUGUCUAGUCUCCUCUCUGACUUGAUCGUCGGAGGGUUCACCUUCGGUCAAUGCAGAUUUUUUUUGUAGGUGCUCGUUUCCGACGAUCAGACGAUGAAAAAAUUGAUCGCAACAAGCUAUUAGAUGUGUGAACCUUGCAGAAGCUGUUGAUCGGACUAUGCGGUACCAAAGACCUUUUCCUCAUCCAGUGAUAAGAAAUAGAGUGCUGCGUCAUCUGGAAUCAUCUUUAGACGAGCCACCACGGGAAAGAGCAAAGGGGAGGAGAGUUAGAAGAUGAGGAGGAAGAAUGUACUGUGGACAACCUCGGGUUGCGUGUGCCUGUUUUAUUUUUUUACUGUCUAUUGGCGCAAAUCACGCACACACCAAAAAAAAACGGGUAGCUAACUUAUUAGAUUGCCAUUAGAAAGUGGACGCGUGACUACAGCUGUAUAUUCCUUAGUGCUCUAGAACAAUAAAUCGAAGAUGUUAUAAAUGAUUGACAGCCUGACCUGAUUUAGUGCUUUGGCGCCUUUCUGGUCCUUUUCGUCA